UUUUCUAGGAUGAGUAACAGUUCUCUUCAUGCUCCAUCAAUUGGUACAAGCACUUCACCGCAAUCUCGUUCUCUUGUUCGUCUUUUGAUUGGAAAUGUUUCUAAAUUUUUGCCUGAAAAAACUUCAACAGACUUCACACAUAAAUGGACGGUUUAUGUUCGUGCUGUGGGCCCUGAGCAGUUUACUGACAGAUCUUUUAUUAGAAAGGUUGUUUUUCGUCUGCAUGAAAGUUUUACAAAUCCUGAGAGAGAAAUAUCGAAUCCUCCAUUUGAAGUAUCUGAAUGCGGUUUUGGUUCAUUUGAUAUGGUUAUUACAAUUUAUUUUGCUGGACAGAAAAAAAGUUACAAAAUUAACUACUUCCUUGAACUUCUUUUAGGAAGUGAUAAUAAGAAUGAAGCCGAAUACAAAAUUGAAGUAAUUAAUCCAAGCCCCGAAUUUGCAUCUUUAGUACCAAAAUAUUGCCGUCCACAAGUGAAACAAAAAUUGCCUUCUCGGCCACCACCUGCACUUUUUCCUUCGAAUCCUGAUAAUUGUACAGUUACAAAACAACCAAAAAGUAGUACAAGUAAAGAAAUUUCAACUACAAAAUCUUCAAAGAGUAAAGAUGAAAAAAAGGAACACAAACAUCGAUCUUCUUCAAAAAAUUCUCUAAAAAUAUCAAAAAAGGAUGAGGAAGUAAAAAAUGAAGAAAAUUCUCCAAUUAAACAAUCAAAAAAGGAAGAAGGAAAAGAAUUGGAUGGAAAAGAAAAAAAUAUAAUAAUUGAAGGAAGUAACAAAAAGAAGAAGACUACUCCAGUAACUGCCCCCAAAAAGAGAAUACAAGCAAGUACUGAUUGCGAGUCUGAUUCUGCUAUACGUGAUCUUUUUGAAGCGAAUUUGCCAUCAACUAGCAAAGAUUCUUCCCAAAAGGAGGAAAAAACUAAAGAAAUUAUAGAAAAGAAUAUAGUUAAAACAUCCAAGGAUGGAGUUAUUUCAAACUCAUCUGAAGAUAAAAAAGAAAAAAAUAAAAAGGAUAAAGUUAAAAAAGAUAAAGAAGGAAAGAAGGAAGAAAAACAAAAUAGCAAAAAGAAGGAAAAUGAAAAUAAAUUAAUUGUUGAAAAUGAGACAGAAAGGCAUAUUAAUUCACCAAAGAAAAUUUUGACAGAAAAAACGAAAGGAAAUGGAGAAGAGGUGAAAAAAUUCAAAAUUGAGGAGACAAUUUUAUCUAAAAAAGAUAAAGAAGAGAAAAAGUCUUCAAAAGAUGAAAAGAAAAAUGAGAAAAUUAAAAUAAAAAUUUCUGAAAUUGAUGGGAAAAUAAAUGAAAAAAUAAACAUCAAAAUAAACAUCAAUAAACAACAAUCCAAUAAUGAAAAGGAUAAAAAACAAAAAAAUAAUAAUUUUGAAGUGGCUAAUGAAAAGGGAGAAGAAUUAUUGAAGGAAAAGAAGGAAGAAAUAAAUAAAGAAAAGGAACUGAAGAGAAAGAAGAAGGAGGAAUUGAAGAAGGAUAAGGAAGAGAACUCAGAAAAACGAAUUAAAACAGAAAAGAAGAAAAAAGACAAAGAAAAUGAUAAAAAGAAAGAAGAAAAAUUAGAUGAUGUUAAUCCUUUCAAAAUUAAUAAAAUAUCUGAGAAGAAAACAAAUACUGAAAAUUUUAUAAAAAAACAAAAUGAUGAAAUUGGAGGAAUUGAAGAAAUUAAAAAAUCUGAAAGUGAAAAGCCGAACUCUAGCAAAGAUAAAUUAACUAUAGAAGAACCUAAAAGGCAUAUAUUAUCUCCAAAAUUGUUAAAAAUUAAACAAACUGCUAAACAAACACCUCCUACAGCAUUUGAGAAAAUACAAGAAAGAGCUAUUUCGCCUAGUAUUUCCUCAUCAUUGGAAGUUAAAAAAAGAAAAAGUGAUAACCCUGUUGAGGACUCCACAAAAAUAGAAAAGAAGAAAGUUAUUGAAAAUAAAAGGAAAUAUCUCUCAUCAUCUUCUUCAAGUUCUCCAAUUAGGCCUCCAAAAAUGCCAAAAGAUGGAAAUAUUAAAAUAAAUGAACCAACAAAAAUUAAAUCUUUUGAACAAAUAAAAAGAGAAAUUAGAAAAGAAAAAACACCUUCCCCUAUAACUUCUACUUCUGUUGUUGAAGAAACGCCUGUCAAAAUUGAAAGUCAAGAGAAUGAUGAAGAUAAUAUGUUUCCUGUUUCUUCCUCUCAACAAACUGAUGUCGUUAAUAAAAUUGAGGAAUUCAAUGAAGAUAAUUUCGUCCCCAUUAAUCGAAUUGAUAUUUUACGUCGAAAACUUGAUUCACUACAAGAACAAAAUGCUUUUGGAGAUGAAAAUAUUGAAGGAGGAGAGGUAGAGGAAUUGCUUUUUAAAUGUUGUGAAUUAUUAUUAGAACAAAAAACUGAGGGAAUUUUAUUAAAUAUUGAAGAAAAAAAUGUUAGUUUUGAUUUUGAGAAGAUUCCAGAAACAACUUUAAAUGAUUUGGAAAAUUUAUUGGUUGGGGUAGCUGUUUAG